CUCUCUCGCGACGGAUCUUACACUUAGGUCUCUCUUCGUCUCUUUUUCAAAAUUUAGGAAAUUUCAGAUUUUGAGCGAAACUAGAGUAGACUACGAAUCUUCGGAAUUCGAAUUUGAAGGAAACAAAUUUGCAGAGAUGAGGAGGAUUUUUAGUAGAGGAGGAGGAAAGGACUCGCCGUCUGAACCCGCUUCUCCGUCACCGAGAUCAUACCCUUCGACGUCUCCGGCAUCUUCGUCUCCAGUGACGGGUCCUCCGAGACCGAUUCGUUUAGUGUAUUGUGAUGAUAAGGGCAAGUUUAUGAUGGACCCUGAAGCUGUUGCUACUUUGCAACUAGUCAAGGAACCAAUUGGUGUUGUUUCGGUUUGUGGUAGGGCUCGUCAAGGAAAGAGCUUUAUUUUGAAUCAGCUUCUUGGACGCAGUAAUGGGUUUCAAGUAGCAUCAACACACAAGCCGUGUACUAAGGGGCUUUGGUUGUGGAGUUCUCCUAUUAAAAGAACAGCUCUCGACGGAACUGAAUACAAUCUUUUACUGUUAGAUAGUGAAGGGAUUGAUGCUUACGACCAAACGGGUACCUAUAGCACUCAGAUAUUCUCAUUAGCUGUUCUUUUGUCAAGCAUGUUCGUAUACAAUCAGAUGGGAGGUAUCGACGAAGCUUCACUCGAUCGUCUUUCUCUUGUCACUCAAAUGACAAAGCAUAUCCGCGUUAAAGCUUCUGGAGGAACAAGCUCACGUUCUGAACUUGGGCAAUUUUCUCCCAUCUUUGUCUGGCUGUUGAGGGACUUUUAUUUGGAUCUAGUGGAAGAUAAUAGAAAAAUUAGUCCACGUGACUAUUUAGAAAUUGCAUUAAGGCCAGUUCAAGGCACUGGAGGAGAUAUUGGUGCAAAAAAUGAGAUCCGAGAUUCUAUUCGUGCCCUUUUUCCGGACAGAGAGUGCUUUACCCUUGUAAGGCCUCUGAACAAUGAAAAAGACCUGCAGAGACUUGAUCAAAUUUCGUUGGAAAAAUUGAGACCUGAAUUCGGUGCUGGCCUGGAUGCAUUUACCAAGUUUGUUUUUGAGAAGACGAGGCCCAAGCAAUUAGGGGGUACUGUGAUGACUGGCCCUAUUCUUGUUGGUAUUACACAGUCUUAUCUGGAUGCGUUGAAUAAUGGUGCUGUGCCAACAAUAACCUCAUCUUGGCAGAGUGUCGAAGAAACUGAGUGUCGAAGAGCAUAUGAUUCUGGUGUAGACGCCUAUAUGGCUGCCUUUGACCAAUCAAAAGCUCCUGAAGAAGGUGCGCUGAGGGAAGAACAUGAAGAAGCAGUUCGAAAAGCCUUGGCCAUGUUUAACUCUAAUGCUGUAGGGGCUGGUUUAGCAAGAAAAAAAUACGAGGAUCAUCUCCACAAGGACUUGAAGAAAAAAUUUGAGGAUUACAAGAAGAACGCUUUUAUGGAAGCAGAUUUGCGGUGCACGAGUACUAUCCAGCGCAUGGAAAAGCAGCUGAGAUCAGCUUGCCAUGCCUCUAAUGCAAAUAUGGACAAUGUUGUCAAGGUUCUAGAAGCUCGUUUGGCAGAAUACGAGGCAUCAUGCCAUGGCCCUGGGAAAUGGCAGAAACUUUCUGUCUUUUUGCAACAAAGCUUGGAAGGACCUAUAUAUGAUCUCACCAAAAGNCUUCUUGGACGCAGUAAUGGGUUUCAAGUAGCAUCAACACACAAGCCGUGUACUAAGGGGCUUUGGUUGUGGAGUUCUCCUAUUAAAAGAACAGCUCUCGACGGAACUGAAUACAAUCUUUUACUGUUAGAUAGUGAAGGGAUUGAUGCUUACGACCAAACGGGUACCUAUAGCACUCAGAUAUUCUCAUUAGCUGUUCUUUUGUCAAGCAUGUUCGUAUACAAUCAGAUGGGAGGUAUCGACGAAGCUUCACUCGAUCGUCUUUCUCUUGUCACUCAAAUGACAAAGCAUAUCCGCGAAACCAAUGAACAGAGGGCUCAUAACGUGAAGUCACUUGAGAAGCUGUUGGAUGAAGAGCGUAAGGCUCAUAUUGCUGCAAAUCGAAGAGCGGAAGCUCUUUCUCUUGAGCUGCAAGCAGCACAGGCAAGCGUUGAUAAUCUUCAGCAAGAACUAGCUCAAGCUAGGUUAAAAGAAACUGCACUUGACAACAAAAUUAGAGCUGCGAGUUCCUCACGUGGGAAGCGGAGUAGAAUUGAAGAUGACGUUGAUAUGGACAUUGGAGAUACAAGUGACAGAAUCAUAAGGACUAAUAAACGGGCUCGAAGCGGAAGAGGAGAUGAUCAAGGUCCUACUGACGAAGGCGAUGAGGACUUUCAAAGCCAUCAAGACAAUGGUGAGGAGGAGCAAGAAGAAGAUUACAGGAAGCUUACUGUUCAGAAUCUAAAGCAUGAGCUGACCAAGUACGAUUGUGGACAUUUGUUAUUGAACAGAGGCCAUCAAAACAAGAAAGAGAUUCUUGCUUUGUAUGAAACUCAUGUUCUUCCCAAGAAAGCUUUAGGGAAAGAAGAAGAGAGAAAGAGACAGAGAGAAGUCACUUCUUCUUAGGACAAGACUCUGUACAGAGUGAGGAGACAAACAUAUUCUAAUCUCGCAGUUUCGAUCUUUAGAGAUGAGUAAAAGAGUUGGAUUUAGGAUGGCUCUUGGGUAAUGUUUUGUUGAUCUUAAUCGGUUUAUCGGUUUUAUUGGUUUAUCUGGUACUGGGGAAUGUAAACCGAAUUAACAAGUUGUAUUGAAUCUGAAGUUUUUAGGUUUUAUGAGUGUGUCAUUGUGUUGGUAUUACUAUGUGUGGGGUUUGAGUCCGUUUGGUGUUGGACUUUUGAAUAUUAGACUUAAUCUGUUUUUAUUUUCAGGAAUCUCUUACGAGUUUUUUGAGUGCGA